AUGAAUUGGCUUGGCCUCCUCGUCCUGCUGACCGUGGCUGGGCUGGCGCAUGGGACAUGGGACAACUGCGGAGGGACCUGCGGACUCCGAGCCGUGGUGUCUGACUAUGGCCUCAUGACGUACUACUACGGCGACAUGGCUUAUGACUCCGGCAUGACACGCAUCGUGGGUGGUGCCGGUGCCCUGCCAGGGGCCUGGCCCUGGAUCGUCAGCAUCCAGCACCCAUGGGUUCCAGACCCAGGGCAUUGGUGUGGAGGGUCACUCAUCAGCACACAGUGGGUCCUCACAGCAGCCCACUGCUUCGACAAGUUUGAUAACAUCAGCCUCCUGUCUGUGGUGAUUGGGGCCACCCAGUUGACUCAGCCAGGGCAUGGGGCACAAAUGCGCAGUGUCAAGCAGUUGCUGAUACACCAGUACUACAACCCUGAUGACAUGAGCUACGACAUUGCCCUGCUGGAAUUGGACCAUCCUGUCAAGUGCAGCCCCUACAUCCAGCUGGCCUGUGUGCCCGAUGCCACACUGAGAGUGUCAGAGCUGCAAAACUGCUGGAUUGCUGGCUGGGGUUCCACUACUGCAAGAUCUCAAGAAUCAGCUGAUCGCCUCCAGGAGGCCAAGGUCCAGCUCAUCGAUCUCCAGGUCUGCAACAGCAGUGACUGGUACGCAGGGGAAAUCCACACCCACAACUUGUGUGCUGGAUACCCACAGGGCGGCAUCGACACCUGCCAGGGUGACAGCGGUGGUCCUCUCAUGUGCCAGGACAACCAUGCUGAUGUCUGGUGGGUCGUCGGAAUAACCAGCUGGGGGAAAGGCUGUGCCAGAGCAAGGCAGCCUGGAGUCUACAUCUCCACUCAAUACUUCUAUGACUGGAUCCUUGUCCACACAGGCGUAAACAGACUUGGACGGGGUUCUCCAUCAUCACAAACCUGGAAUCAUUUAUUGACACCCUGGCCAACACCACUUCCCACUUAUAAGCCAUGGCCAACACCCCCUCCCACUCCUAAGCCAUGGCCAACACAACCCCCCACUUAUAAGCCAUUGCCGACACCAAUCCCCUCUCAAAAGCCUUUGCCAACAGCACCCCCCACUCCAAAGCCAACACCAUUGGGUGAGGUUAGCUCCUGCCCAUUUCCACUCAACAAGCUGGUAGACUUCUUUACUAAGGUGAAGAAGCUCCUUCAUGAGGUCCUUGGACAAAACACAGCUUGA